AUGGACGACGGAUUAACGAACGCGUCGCGUGCGAUCGCAGCACAGAACGGCGUGGACGCAAAAGGUAACCACGACGAUGGCGAUACGGAUGAUGUGAUUGUAACGGUGGACCCUCUCCGCGUGAAGCGCGUGCGGCAGAUGGACGUCACCGGCAGCGAGGACCACGUGCUGUACGUGCCACGUCACCCUCUUCCCCUCUCCCCUUCCCUUCCCCUCCCCUUCCCCCACACCACGUGCUGUACGUACCACGUCCCCCCUCCCCACCUUUUCCCUUCCCUCACUUCCUCCCACACCACCGAGCCCCCCGAGGGUGAGCGCAUGCUGGCGCUUCUGGCGCAGCUGGACGGUGCGCGCGCGCGCGCAGCACAGAGGAAGGGCGCGCGGGGGGGGAAGGGGGGGCGGAAACGGCGGGACAGGGGGGAGGCUCAUGGGGAUGGUGGCGGAGACGAGAACGAGCAGGAGAAGGGGAGGAAAGGGGAGGGAGGGGGAGGGGAGGACGUGAAAGGAGGUGGGGGUAAGGCAGCAGGCGCAGGGGGGGUUGGGGGGAAGGCAGUGGCGGAGGCACACGGGGAGUGGGUGUGGCAGGGGGUGAUGUCACAGCUGACGUCAGCGCAGGAGGAGCUGAGGGUGAUCGUGGAUCUGGUGAAUGCGGUGGAGAGCGGUGCAGAGGGGCUGGCUGUGAGUGGGGUGUCGAAGCCGAAGCAGCAUGCAGCAGAGAUGAGCUCCGAGCUCACAGCCCGGCUGGCAGGCAAACUCACGCUGCUGCAGGAUGUGGGGGGAGGCUUGCUGCACGCGGCAGCACGCCUCACACAGCAAGUCAGCGACGACGCACCGUUCUACACCGCACUCCAGCGCAUACAGCACCGGUGGAAGGUCAAGCGCACCCAUCCUGCCCUCGCUCCUCCGCCAACGCCCCUCUCCACCUCCUCCUCAACCGCCGCUGGCUUUGCUGCUGACGUCACUGUGCAAUCGCUGCUCCUCUCCCUUCCUCACGCGCCCCCUCUACCUGCCAGCAUGCCUCUAAUUCCCACUACAAGCCUCCCCUUUACCUCGUUAAGACUCGAUAGGGACAAGCAGGGAAUGCUCCGGGCUGCUCCGCCUGAAGGCCAACCAAUCAGGAGGCUCCACGUCAGCGUGUUUGGGAGGGAAGCGGGCGGAGACUAUGGGGAGGAUGGUGGUGCUGGUGCUCACAGUAGCAGUGAGGGGUUGGUGGGGAAGGGGGGAGAGGAGGAAGGCGAGGGUGGGGGGAUGGCAGAGGGGAAGGAAGGGGAGGAGGGGGAGGAGGAAGAAGGGGGUGUGGGGAGGGCGGUGCGCCAGGCUCACGAGCUUCUGAGGGCUGCGCAACGAUCGUGGUUUGACUGGCAGGUAAAACGGUUGACUGGUAGCACACUCACCUCACAGCACACUCACCGCACAGCACACUCACCUCACAGCACACUCACCUCACAGCACACUCACCGCACAGCACACUCACCUCACAGCACACUCACCGCACGGUCCUCCCUUCACAGUCCCCCCCUCCUACACUGCUCCCCGCUCCCGGUCUUAACCCCACGGCAGCUGUUCGAGUCACUUCAGAGCCACCUAGCAGCAGCCUCCACCGUCGCUCUCCCUCUCGCCUCCAUCUCCUCCUCCUCCCUCUCCCUCUCCCUCGCCUCCUCCCCUGCCUGCCUGUCUCUGCGCCUCCUCUCCUCCGCCCCUGCCCCGCCCCUUUGGUCCUCCCUCACUCGCCGCGCCCACCACCGCCGCCCCCAUCAGCAGCAAACUAAGAGAGCACAGAAGCAGGGGGGGCAGGGGCAGGGGCAGGGUGACUUGCAGGAAGGGCAGCAGCAGGAGAAGGUGAAGGGGGAAACUGAUCAGGAGAAGGGGCAGCAGGCGGAGGGUUGGCAGGAUAGGGCAGCGUUUGGGAGGUUUUUGGAUGAGGCGGACUCAGCAGCUGCAAGGGUGUAUCUAGGGGAGGCUUAUCUGUUGCUCCAGCAGCAGGCACAGGAAAGAGCGAGGAAGCUUCGCUUGCAAUCGCUAGACUCAGAAAUUGAAGGAGAGGGGGAAUGGGAGGAGGAGAGGGAGGGAGGUGGUGGGGGGACUGGGAUGCGGUGUGGGGGAGGGGGGGAGAGGGGGGAAGCACGGGUGCGGGCAGCAGGGGGCCUGGAGUGGUGGGGGAGGAGUGAGGGGGGGGGAGGGGGGAGUGCGAUGGGGGGACCAGCGGGAAGCGGGAGGAAGGCGUCAGGAUGGGGAUGGGCGGGUGGAGGGGGGGGAGGAGGGGGAGGCGGCGGCACUGGCACUGCUGCUGGCGGUGCUGCUGGUGAUGGUGGUGGCGGCGGUGGUGGGAGUGCGGUGGGGAUGGGUGUGGGGGUGGUGGAGCUGCUGUGGGGGGCAGCAGCGCACAGGGCAAAGAAGAAGGCCGUGGAGCGAUGCCUCUUCCGCAUGCCACAACAAUAG